AUGUUUCCACCUUUCAAAGGAACGCUUGUUCUUUUUGCCAGCAAAACGAAGAACCGGCUGGCGUUUGCGGUGAACGCCAACAAAGUGCCGCUGGACCGCGCGAGGCUUGAACGGGCGCAGAUGCUGCGAUUGCGGGAGAAAAACCAGACCCCUGUCUCUAACGACGCUGCCAGAAAACUGGUUGCCAAAGUGCUGGAGAAACCCGUUGCCGAGAACGUGCGGAUCUCCGCAACGACGCCGUUCACUGAGCACGAGAUUGAGAAGCUGUUUCGCGUGCCCAACGAGCGGUUCAAGUACAACAUUUUGGGAAUCAACGGCAACCAGCUGUCGAACUCUGUCACGGUGAAUAAAAAGACAGAAGCACUGCUGGAAAACGGCGACCUACCGCGCGCGAUCGAGCUCGCCCGGCUUGCGCGAAACCAGGGCAUCUUCUCCUUCGGCACGAUCUUCCACUACCUCGCCAACCGGGGCAAACUGAAUAGGUUGUGGGACUUAUUCAAUAAGGUGAAAAAAUGGGGGCAGCGUCCGGACGGCAGGAUGUUGGCGGUUUUAUUUGCCGCACACGCCAACGCAAAACACCCCAAGUCGUCCAAGGCGCUCGUUACCAAAGCACAGGCCAUACGCAUACGCGAUUUCCUUGAGUACGAGGCGGCCAAGCAGAAAAACACCGUCGAUAUCAGACACGUGAACUCGGUGCUCAAAGCAUUGCGGCUGGCUGGCUGUUCCGACGAGGCCGUCGCGCUGUUUGAGAAAGUGCCCGCCAUGAAGAUGCGCUACGACUCGUUCACAUACACAGAGUACUUCAGCGCGCUGCGACACACAGAGGACUACACCGCUGCCAUAACCAAGGCAGAGACGCAGUUCAGCCGGCUGCAGACCCAGAAGACGAACGUGGACGAACGGCUGGUGCAGGCGUACUCUGCGCUGUUUGUGUUUGCGGACGACGUGCGGCUGCGCGAGCGCGGACUGCUCAUCCUGCGCAAGUGGUUCAACCUGUGCGACGAGUCUGCGAUCGAGUUUGAGGCCGGUCACGUGACGGACCCGUCCGCGCUGGCAAGCAACAACAGCCACCCGCGCGUGGUUUCGCCUGAAGUCGAUCUGGACACCGUUCUGCUGGCCAAGUCCGACAUCAACAAGCGCGGCGUGCGCAUGAACCCGUCUCCGCAGACAGUCAAGCGCCACGGCAUCCUCUGUAAAUAUUUCGAGCUCUCCUAA